AAAGCGCCCUUCCCUUGGUCGCUUCUUCCAAAGGGGGAGAGUCGGAGAGAGAGCGUCGGUGGUCGUUCCCAAGCCCGGCGACCGAGACAACCCUAGCCAGAUCUUGUCUUUCUCCCAAAGUUUCGAUCUUUUUGUCAACUCAUCCGUCUUCUUGCGAGAAUUGAGUUUGGUAUGGGGCAGAGUGGGCAGGAUCAGGAGCACCGGAACGGCGUCGGGCCCCAACCCCCGCCUCCCCCUCCUCAGUCAUUCCCCGCUUGGGCCCGCAGCACAGCCGAGUGCCAGGCCGAGUUCGCGGUGUCGGCGGUGGCCGGCCUUCGGUCCGAGGAGGUUGCGUGGCGGCGCGAAAUAUACGGGUGGAACGAACUGGAGAAGCACUCUGGGCCGUCGAUCUGGCGUCUCGUCCUCGGUCAGUUCGAAGACACCCUCGUCCGGAUCCUCCUCGCCGCCGCCGUUGUGUCCUUCCUCCUUGCUUGGUACGAUGGCGAUCGUGGCGGUGGCGGCGAGGCUGGGUUGACCGCCUUCGUCGAGCCGUUGGUGAUCUUUCUCAUCCUCGUCGUGAAUGCUGUGGUCGGUGUGUGGCAGGAGAACAACGCAGAGAAGGCCCUGGAGGCGCUGAAGGAGAUCCAAUCGGAGCAUGCUGCCGUCAGGAGGGACGGCAAGUUGAUACCCACUUUGUCUGCUAGGGAACUCGUACCAGGAGAUAUCGUAGAGCUCAGGGUCGGUGAUAAGGUGCCUGCUGAUAUGAGAGUUCUGCAACUGAUAAGCUCCACCUUCAGAGUAGAUCAGGGGUCUUUGACAGGGGAGAGCGCUGCAGUCAACAAGACCAAUCGGGCGGCCAAUUCAGAGGACACCGAUAUCCAGGGGAAAGAAUGCAUGGUGUUUGCGGGCACGACGGUCGUGAACGGGAGCUGUGUUUGCUUGGUCACGCAGACCGGAAUGAACACGGAGAUUGGUAAGAUACAUUUGCAGAUUCAUGAAGCUUGUCAGAGUGACGACCAGACUCCAUUGAAGAAGAAACUGAAUGAGUUCGGGGAGGUCCUGACAGCUAUAAUAGGCGUAAUCUGUGCUUUCGUUUGGCUUAUCAACGUGAAGUACUUCCUCACUUGGGAGUACGCUGAUGGCUGGCCGAGAAAUUUCAAGUUUUCGUUUGAGAAAUGCACCUAUUACUUUGAGAUAGCAGUGGCCUUGGCAGUCGCUGCUAUCCCAGAGGGUCUUCCAGCAGUGAUUACAACUAGCCUGGCAUUGGGUACGCGAAAGAUGGCGCAGAAGAAUGCGCUGGUGCGAAGGUUGCCGAGCGUUGAGACUCUGGGAUGCACGACGGUCAUUUGUUCUGAUAAGACUGGCACGCUAACUACAAAUCAGAUGUCGGCAGUGAGAAUUGUAGCUAUGGGCCGGCAGACCAAUGAUCUCAGAAAAUUCAAAGUUGUUGGUGCUACAUAUGACCCGUGUGAUGGAGAGAUACAUGAUUGGCCGGCUGAGAAUAUGGAUGACAACCUUCAGAUGAUCGCAAAGAUCGCUGCUGUUUGUAAUGAUGCGAGCAUCUCAAACUCAGGUCAUCAGUAUGUUGCGAGUGGAAUGCCCACUGAAGCUGCUCUGAAGGUUCUAGUUGAGAAAAUGGGAAUUCCUGGAGGCUUUGAUCCUUCGUCCUUGGAAUCUUCUGAGAUAUUACGUUGCUGUCAAUGGUGGAAUGGGUGUGCACGUAGGGUUGCGACCCUUGAAUUUGAUCGAGUUCGAAAAUCAAUGGGAGUUAUUGUGAAAUCAGACUCAGGAAGCAAUUCAUUACUUGUGAAGGGAGCUGUCGAAAGUUUGUUAGAGAGAUGUUCCUACAUUCAGUUGCUUGAUGGUUCCGUUAUGCAGUUGGAUGAGAGUACAAAAAAUCUUGUCCUAGAAGCGCUUCAUGAGAUGUCGACCAAUGCGUUGCGUUGUUUAGGUUUUGCAUAUAAAGAUGAUAUAUCAGAAUUUGCUACAUAUGAUGGUGAAGAUCAUCCUGCUCAUAAGCUUUUACUUGAUCCAUCUAAUUACUCAUCUGUCGAGAGCGAACUCAUCUUUGUCGGCUUGGUUGGACUGAGGGAUCCUCCUCGGCAAGAAGUUCACAAAGCAAUCAAGGAUUGUAAAGCAGCUGGGAUUAGAGUCAUUGUAAUAACUGGUGAUAACAAAGAAACAGCUGAAGCAAUUUGCCGUGAAAUUGGUGUCUUUAGCCCUAAUGAGGACAUUAGCUCUGCAAGCUUCACAGGGAAAGAGUUUAUGUCUCUCUCUGAUAAAAAAAAUAGAUUAAGGCAAAAAGGUGGACUUCUGUUCUCAAGGGCAGAACCAAAGCAUAAGCAAGAAAUUGUGAGACUGCUUAAAGAAGACGGUGAGGUGGUUGCAAUGACAGGUGAUGGGGUAAAUGAUGCCCCUGCCCUGAAAUUGGCUGAUAUUGGUAUUGCCAUGGGCAUAUCUGGGACAGAGGUUGCCAAGGAAGCUUCUGAUAUGGUGUUAGCAGAUGACAAUUUCAGUACAAUUGUUGCUGCAGUUGGUGAAGGAAGAUCUAUUUAUAACAACAUGAAAUCCUUUAUAAGGUACAUGAUAUCCUCCAACAUUGGUGAAGUUGCUUCUAUUUUUCUGACAGCAGCUUUAGGCAUUCCUGAAGGGCUGAUUCCUGUUCAGCUUUUGUGGGUCAAUCUAGUCACAGAUGGUCCCCCAGCAACAGCUUUGGGUUUUAACCCACCGGAUAGAGAUAUAAUGAAGAAACCCCCUCGACGAACUGAUGAAUCAUUGAUCAGUGCAUGGAUCCUAUUUCGUUAUUUGGUCAUUGGCCUUUAUGUUGGAAUUGCUACUGUAGGUGUUUUCAUCAUAUGGUACACACAUGGAUCUUUUCUGGGAAUUGACUUAAGUGGAGAUGGUCACACACUCCUAACCUAUUCACAGCUCACCAACUGGGCCCAGUGCUCAGCUUGGGAGGGCUUCAGUGUAGCACCAUUUACGGCUGGAAAUCAUCUUUUCUCCUUUGAUACAAACCCAUGUGAAUAUUUUCAAUCAGGAAAAGUGAAGGCAACGACUCUUUCCCUCUCUGUCUUGGUGGCAAUUGAGAUGUUCAAUUCAUUCAAUGCCCUGUCUGAAGAUGGUAGUCUUCUAACGGUGCAUCCGUGGGCCAACCUGUGGCUUCUAUUGGCGAUGUGUAUCUCAUUCGGGCUUCACUUCUUGAUCAUAUAUGUGCCUUUCCUUGCUCAGGUAUUUGGAAUUGUGCCCCUCAGCUUCAACGAAUGGCUUCUGGUGCUGGUGGUUGCUUUCCCGGUCAUCCUUAUUGAUGAGUUGCUCAAGUUUGUAGGAAGGUACAGGAGCUCAUUUGGUAUUCAGAGACUAUCUAAGAGAAACAAGGUUGAUUGAAGCCAGCCAUUUGGUGUUGGUUCCCCUGAUAAUUUACACAUCAAGUUUUUCUAUAACUUCAUUCUUUGCCAGACCAAGAGCUGGUUUCAAGACCUUAACAAAGAGAAAGGGAGGGAAAGUUCUAGUCGAAAGGCCAAAACUUGCUUCCAGUUCUUAUUCAGGAGACCUGAGGCUGCAUUUUUCUUCAAUUGUCAGUAAUUCAAUUCAAGCUUGCACUGAUAUACACGAGGCCAUGUCAAGUUGAAACUUACUAUGAUA